UCUGGGAGGUGAUCAGCGAUGAGCACGGCAUAGACCCCAGCGGCAACUACGUGGGCGACUCGGACCUGCAGCUGGAGCGCAUCAGCGUCUACUACAAUGAGGCCUCCUCUCACAAGUACGUGCCUCGCGCCAUCCUGGUGGACCUGGAGCCGGGCACAAUGGACAGCGUGCGCUCGGGGGCCUUCGGACACCUCUUCCGACCGGACAACUUCAUUUUCGGCCAGAGCGGCGCCGGCAACAACUGGGCCAAGGGCCACUACACGGAGGGCGCCGAGCUGGUGGACUCGGUGCUGGACGUGGUGCGCAAGGAGUGCGAGAACUGCGACUGCCUGCAGGGCUUCCAGCUGACGCACUCGCUGGGCGGCGGCACCGGCUCGGGCAUGGGCACGCUGCUCAUCAGCAAGGUGCGCGAGGAGUACCCCGACCGCAUCAUGAACACUUUCAGCGUGGUGCCCUCGCCCAAGGUGUCCGACACGGUGGUGGAGCCCUACAACGCGACGCUCUCCAUCCACCAGCUGGUGGAGAACACGGACGAGACCUACUGCAUCGACAACGAGGCGCUCUACGACAUCUGCUUCCGCACRCUCAAGCUCGCCACYCCCACCUACGGCGACCUCAACCACCUGGUGUCGGCCACCAUGAGCGGCGUCACCACCUCGCUGCGCUUCCCCGGGCAGCUCAACGCCGACCUGCGCAAGCUGGCGGUCAACAUGGUGCCCUUCCCGCGCCUCCACUUCUUCAUGCCGGGCUUCGCGCCGCUCACGGCCCGCGGCAGCCAGCAGUACCGGGCGCUCACGGUGCCCGAGCUCACRCAGCAGAUGUUCGACGCCAAGAACAUGAUGGCAGCGUGUGACCCCCGGCACGGGCGCUACCUCACGGUGGCCACCGUCUUCCGGGGCCGCAUGUCCAUGAAGGAGGUGGACGAGCAGAUGCUGGCCAUCCAGAGCAAGAACAGCUCCUACUUCGUGGAGUGGAUCCCCAACAACGUGAAGGUGGCCGUGUGCGACAUCCCGCCGCGGGGGCUCAAGAUGUCCUCCACCUUCAUCGGCAACAGCACGGCCAUCCAGGAGCUCUUCAAGCGCAUCUCGGAGCAGUUCACGGCCAUGUUCCGCCGCAAGGCCUUCCUGCACUGGUACACGGGCGAGGGCAUGGACGAGAUGGAGUUCACCGAGGCCGAGAGCAACAUGAACGACCUGGUCUCCGAGUACCAGCAGUACCAGGACGCCACGGCCGAGGAGGAGGGCGAGAUGUACGAGGAUGACGAGGAGGAGUCGGAGGCGCAGGGCGCCAAGUGAAGCCGGGGCCCGGCCCCGCCGCCCCCCGCUAGCCGCCCRUAAGGAGCCCUCGCCGGCUUCCAGUUGCUUCCGAUUAGGGGUCCCGAGACCGCCAGCGUUCAGUAUUUACUAACAGUGUCCCCCGUUAUGAGUUAGCUCAGCCCCUGCCGCCGCUCUGACGGGAGCGCCCCCCCUCUUUGUUUUUUACUGGUUUGUGUCUAUUUUUUUUUUGAAUACUGAAUAAAUUUAUUGCUGUCCA